AUCCAUCAACAUAGAAGUUGAGAGGGGAAAGGAAUGCACGAUCAAGACAGCUUUCAGCGUCUUCGAGAAUCGGUGGGAAGGGCAGUCUUGUCCUUCGUUCACCUCUGCAAAUAGACAGUGUUUCUUCGCGUUCUCGACUCCAGUGAGUUUGGAGGAGAUGAACGGAGGGUUCUGCGGGACACGAAAGGCACGAGUCGAGCUCGUCUUCGAACUUGCCCAUGAUGCCUUCCCGGACGACACGACAGAUGUAAGGGUUAUAAAUGGUGCUCCGAAGGUGGCUUUCAAUGGCAGAGGGCGGGUAUAAGUGGCGAUAUCCAUGGGCAAUAUAUCUACACAGGGUACACGUUUAUAGCGUGAACGCGGGCAGAAAGGAAACAAAACGACAUGGCGGUUAUAAACAUCGGCGUCAUUACGGCCUUAUGAAGCUGUUCACGUUCACACACGGGAUUUGGUUGAUCGGGGGGGUCGCAUUUAUACUCGAUCGACCUUAUACUCAUUCCAUCAUACAAUGCGUUCUGUAUCUACGUUCCCUCAAACUCAAGAUCCGGUAUCCCGAUAUCUCUUCCUUCUCCGUGGCAAUCAUGAAUAUUGCCGGCAUCGCACAGAUUAUCUUACUUUCAAGCUUGAAUGUCAUACCGAAUCUCUUUGAAUCCGUCACUGAAGCCAUUCAGGCAAUAUUCUGCACAAGUAAUCAGAGCGCAGCUAUAACGCUUGCAGGAAUAAUUUUGUGCACCUCCCCCUGGUCCCAUUCAUGAUACACUGCAUUGUACAGGAUGAUGGACAAUAGGCGUCGCCCCCAUUAGGUAUUUCCGCAGUAGUGUGCUGUAGCUU